AAUAGAAAGUGUGAAAUAUCAGAAUAUCCUGGAGUUCUCAUUGACCUCUUAUUACCAGAUAUACUAAAAGAAGACAAUGUUAUGAUACUUUCCUGAAAAAAGUAAGGAAAUAUACACAUGCCUGCACACUUAAUUUUGUACCAGAAAAUAACAUGUGCAGGUAUAGUAAUUUUUUUACCAAAAUGUUAUUUUCCAGCUGUACCUAAAUACAACAUGCAAUGAUGAAUUACUAUUGACAUUGGGCAACAGUGAAUAUAGGUGUAAGUUCAAUUGAUAUGACCAAGGAGAACUGUGAUGUACUCAAAGAACGAAGUUAAAUAAUGUAUAAAUGUGAACUAAAAAACUACCAGUGAGAUCAUUUGUCGAAGAGAGACAUUUGAUGACCUAGUUCUACAAGCUGUUAUUACAUACUAUUAAUAUUGAAGCUGUAUCCUGUACAUUGACAGUGCUGAAUUAGUAUUGAUACACAACCCCAUGCAAAUCAAGGACAUAUGAUAAAUAUUGAACAUGUUUAUUACCAUAAUAUAUAACCCCAAGCAUAUUGAUGAUAUAUGCUAGAUAUUAAGGCCAUAUAUACUAGAUAUUGACAGUGCUUAAUUACUAUAUUAAAUAUAGCCACAAGCAUAUUGAGGCAACAUGUAAAUCAACAUAUACAAGGGUUUCACUAGAAUUUCUCACAACAGGCUAAAUAAAUUAAAACAACAUAAAAGUCCCCUAUAAAAACAACAGGCGGUGUUGUGAAACCAACCUGUGAAAAUCGACUAUAGCCUGCUACUAAUGAAACCCCUGAUAUAAUACCAGGCAAGAUAACACAAACCUACUGAAUGGAUGUUCCUGUUCAUUUAUAUUCUUAAGACACCUGUAUGAGCUCAUGAAGAAUGCCUAAUCACAGCCCCAUCCAUACUGGAGAAAAACGAUUUAAAUGUGACAUCUGUUCAAAAACAUUUGCAUGGAAAUGUCGCUUAGUAAAACACAAUCUUGUCCAUACUGGAGAAAAGCAGUUUAAAUGUGACAUUUGUUCAAAGACAUUUGCACUGAAAUCUAACUUAGUAAUACACAAUCUUAUCCAUACUGGAGAAAAACGAUUUAAAUGUGACAUUUGUUCUAAAACAUUUGCCUGGAAAUCUCACUUAGUAACUCACAAUCUGAUCCAUACUGGAGAAAAGCAGUUUAAAUGUGACAUUUGUUCUAAAAAAUUUACCUUGAAAUCUAACUUAGUUAGACACAAUCUCAUCCAUACUGGCGAAAAGCGAUUUAAAUGUGACAUUUGUUCUAAAACAUUUGCAGAGAAAUCUAACUUAGUAAGACACAAUCUCAUCCAUACUGGGGAAAAGCAGUUUAAAUGUGACAUUUGUUCUAGAACAUUUUCACUGAAAUCUCACUUAGUAAGUCACAAUCUGAUCCAUACUGGAGAAAAACGAUUUGAAUGUGACAUUUGUUCUAAGACAUUUGCGGUGAAAUCAAGCUUAGUAAAACACAAUCGCAUCCAUACUGGAGAGAAGCCAUUUAAAUGUGACAUUUGUUCUAGAAGAUUUUCACAGAAAUCUGCCUUAGUAAGUCACAAUCUGAUCCAUACUGGAGAAAAACGAUUUGAAUGUGACAUUUGUUCUAAGACAUUUGCGCUGAAAUCAAGCUUAGUAAAACACAAUCGCAUCCAUACUGGAGAGAAGCCAUUUAAAUGUGACAUUUGUUCUAAAUUAUUUGCACAGAAAUCUGACUUAGUAAAACACAAUCGCAUCCAUACUGGCGAAAAGCAGUUCAAAUGUGAUAUUUGUUCUAAAAGAUUUACCUUGAGAUCUAACUUAGUAAGACACAAUCUCAUCCAUACGAGAGAAAAGCAGUUUAAAUGUGACAUUUGUUCUAGAAGAUUUUCACAGAAAUCUGCCUUAGUAAGUCACAAUCUGAUCCAUACUGGAGAAAAGCAGUUCAAAUGUGAUAUUUGUUCUAAAAGCUUUACCUUGAGAUCUAACUUAGUAAGACACAAUCUCAUCCAUACUGGAGAGAAGCAGUUUUAAUAUGACAUUUGUUCUAAAAGAUUUGCACAGAAAUCUCACUUAGUAAGUCACAAACUCAUCCAUACUGGAGAGAAGCAGUUUAAAUAUGACAUUUGUUCUAAAAAAUUUGCACAGAAAUCUGAAUUAGUAAAUUACAAUUGUAACCAAACUGGAGAAAAACAGUUUAAAUGUGACAUUUGUUCUAAAGCAUUUACAAGGAAAUCUUACUUAGUAUUAGUCACAAUCUUAUCAAUCAGUUUAAAUGUGACAUUUGUCCUAAGACGUUUGCGCACACUCUCAAUUAGUUAGUCACAAUUUUAUCCAUACUGGUGAAAAGUAUUUUAAAUGUGACAUUUGUUCUAAGACAUUUGCAUGGAAUUCUGACUUAGUGAAUCACAAUCUCACCCAUAUUGGAGAAAAAAGAUUUACAAGUGAAAUUAUUCUAAAAAAUUCGCAAAGAAAUUUAACUCUUAUCCAUAAACUUGAGAAAAGUAGUUUAAAGAUGACAUUUGUUUCAAAGCAUUUGCAAGGAAAUCUCACUUAGUAAGUCACAAUCUCAUCCAUACUGGAGAAAUGUAGUUUAAAUGUGACAUUUGUUCUUAAAAAUUUGCACAGAAAUCCCACUUACAAUCUAAUGCAUACUGGAUAAAAGAAAGAUGUGACAUUUGUCAUAAAAUUUUACUUAGUAAGUCACAUUCUCAUUCAAAUUGGAGAAAAGAAGUGUGACCUUGACAUUUGUAUAAAAAUCUAGCGUAAUACAUUACAACUUUAUCCAUAUGAUAUUAAAAAGCAGGUUAAUGUGACACUUGUUUUAAAACAUUUGCAAGAAAAUUUCAUUUUGUAUAAAUCAUAAUUUUAUCUUUACAGGAGAAUUGCAAAAGACCUAGGUCUCAACCUGUCAACAUACCACCAUUUAUCCUUCAAUAUUAUAUUAUUUUGAUGUCACAAAUUAUAGGCUAUUAUGAAUUUUUAUUUUGGGCCUUUAUUUUGAUUAAAUUCAGUGAUGUUGGACUCUACCAAAUUGUAGGCUAUUAUGAAUUUUUAUUUCGGGACUAUUUUGAUUAUUAAAUUCAGUGAUGUAAAUCCAUUGGACUCCACCAAUUAGAAUGAUCUCAGGUUCUUUUGUAGAUUGGUGGGUGGGUGGUGUCUCUUUGAGUCUAACAGAUUACAGUAAAACCUGUGAACAAGGAAUGCUCUCUGGCUAUUAUGAAUUUCAUCUGGGCCUUUAUUUUGAUUAAAUUCAGUGAUGUUUGACUCUACCAAAUUGUAGGCUAUUAUGAAUUUUUAUUUUGGGCCUUUAUUUUGAUUAUUAAAUUCAGUGAUGUAAAUCCAUUGGACUCCACCAAUAAGAAUGAUCUUGGGUUCUUUUGUAGAUUGGUGGUGUCUCUUUGAGUCUUGCCUGAAAAGUUCUAGGAAAAUGACUAAACAGAUUACAGUAAAACCUGUGAACAAGGAAUGCUCUUUGGACUGGCAAAAACUGUUCCUUGUGGGCAGGUGUUACAUAGAGAGAGGUUUUGAGCUUUGGCCAACCAAAAUUGCUGACUAAGCAUUUAGAUAUUAAAGAUGAAUUACUAAAAAAUGUGCAAAUAUGUAGGUUUCUCUGCCACCACUCCACUUCACUCUUGAAUUCAUAUUUAAUUUUUCUUCACCCUGCAAUUAUUAAUCAAGUGGCUGAUAAUGAUUUAGCAAAGCCACUACAAGUGUAC